UGUUAUCUUCUGGUUCACUGCGUCUCUCUCUGUCUCGACCUUUUUUUUCCUAACCAUCGUUUCGGACUGCAGUUGUCUGCUACUGGUGACCCUAUUUAAUUCUCUCUCUCUUCUUCCUUUUGGACCGAUUUAUUCUCUUCUUCCUUUUCUGUCUCUCUCUUCCUCUUCGAAAACUCUCUAUCCUUCACUCUACCCGAUCUUCUCUCUCUAUACUUCGUUUGCCCUAUCAUUUGGUUUUCUGGUAGAUUUUUUUUGUGGAUUUUUCGGGUUAAAGUUUUGGUGAAUCGUUUUGGGGUUUUGGUGCUUUAGAGUCGGAAAUCCUCAAUCCGGCGUACUGCUGUAUUUUUCCUUCUUCAGCGAGAAAUCCCCUUGCCCUUCAUUCUCAUUAAUUAGUCAUGGCAUCCAAAGAUGCGGAUCCUUCACUAGGGUACUUGACCCGGAAAGAUACCGAGGUCAAACUCCCUCGCCCCACUCGAGUCAAGAACAAAACUCCAGCUCCCAUUCAGAUUACUGCCGAACAAAUCCUCCGAGAAGCUCGGGAACGGCAAGAAGCAGAAAUCCGACCACCAAAGCAAAAGAUUACUGACUCAACAGAACUCGCCGACUAUCGCCUCCGCAAACGCAAGGAAUUCGAAGACUUAAUUCGCCGUGUGCGGUGGAACGUCAGUGUCUGGAUUAAGUAUGCCCAAUGGGAGGAGUCUCAGAAAGACUUCGAUCGAGCACGGAGCGUGUGGGAGCGCGCUCUGGAAGUCGACUACCGAAACCACACUUUAUGGCUCAAAUAUGCCGAAGUGGAGAUGAAGAACAAAUUCAUCAACCACGCAAGGAAUGUUUGGGACCGUGCCGUCACUCUCCUGCCACGCGUGGAUCAGCUCUGGUACAAGUACAUCCACAUGGAGGAGAUGUUAGGGAACGUCGCCGGAGCUCGUCAGAUUUUCGAACGCUGGAUGUCGUGGAUGCCGGACCAACAAGGCUGGCUUUCUUACAUCAAGUUCGAGCUUCGCUACAACGAAGUUGAACGCGCUCGUGCAAUUUACGAACGGUUCGUUCAGUGUCACCCCAAAGUCGGAGCAUGGAUUAAAUACGCCAAAUUUGAAAUGAAGAACGGGGAAAUUGUGCGGGCAAGGAAUGUGUACGAGCGGGCGGUGGAGAAGCUGGCUGAUGAAGAAGAUGCGGAGCAGUUAUUCGUUGCCUUUGCUGAGUUUGAGGAACGGUGUAAGGAAACAGAACGAGCUCGUUGUAUUUACAAGUUUGCUCUUGAUCAUAUACCGAAAGGGAGGGCAGAGGAUUUGUAUAGAAAGUUUGUGGCUUUUGAGAAACAAUAUGGAGAUAAGGAAGGGAUUGAGGAUGCCAUUGUAGGGAAGAGGAGGUUUCAAUAUGAGGAUGAAGUGAGGAAGAAUCCGAUGAAUUAUGACACUUGGUUCGAUUAUAUAAGGUUGGAAGAGAGUGUCGGGAGUAAGGAGAGGAUUAGGGAGGUUUAUGAGAGGGCUAUAGCUAAUGUUCCCCCAGCUGAGGAGAAGCGAUAUUGGCAGAGAUAUAUUUACUUGUGGAUUAAUUAUGCUUUAUACGAGGAACUUGAUGCUGGAGAUACGGAGCGCACGCGAGAUGUGUAUAGGGAGUGCCUUAAGCUUAUUCCCCAUGAGAAGUUCUCUUUUGCAAAGAUCUGGCUUCUUGCUGCGCAGUUUGAGAUAAGACAACUUAAUCUCAAGGGUGCUCGACAAAUUUUAGGAAAUGCUAUUGGAAAGGCACCUAAGGAUAAGAUCUUUAAGAAGUAUAUUGAGAUCGAGCUGCAACUUGGCAAUAUUGAUCGUUGCCGAAAAUUGUACGAGAAGUAUCUAGAGUGGGCACCUGAGAACUGCUAUGCGUGGAGCAAAUAUGCUGAGUUAGAAAGAUCGUUGUCUGAAACAGACCGGGCAAGAGCUAUUUUUGAGCUUGCCAUUACACAGCCAGCUUUGGACAUGCCAGAGUUGUUGUGGAAGGCAUACAUUGAUUUUGAAAUUUCGGAAGGUGAGUAUGAACGAACCAGAGGAUUGUAUGAGAGGCUUUUGGAUCGUACAAAGCACUUGAAGGUGUGGAUUAGUUAUGCAAAGUUUGAAGCCUCUGCAAUGGAGGAGAAUAAUGGUGGUUCAGACUCGCCACGAGAUGGGGUCCAGGAAGAAAAGAAGGAAUGCAUUCAGCAUGCAAGAAGAGUCUUUGAGAGAGCAAUUAACUACUAUAGAACAUCAGCACCUGAAUUGAAAGAAGAACGUGCUAUGCUCUUGGAAGAGUGGUUUAACAUGGAAAGCAGUUUUGGUCAGCUUGGCAACAUUAGCCUAGUCCAGUCUAAGUUGCCAAAGAAACUCAAAAAGAGGAAGCAAAUUGCAAGUGAAGACAGUGGUGUGGCCGGGUAUGAGGAAUACAUUGAUUAUCUGUUCCCAGAAGAAAACCAGACCACGAAUCUCAAGAUUUUAGAAGCUGCUUACAAGUGGAAAAAACAGAAGAUCUCUUCUGAUGACGACUAGGAGCAUAUCUGUAUUGAACCUUUUUUGUACUUCCAAAGUAAAUACUAGUGCCAACUUAGCUGCCUAAUUCUUUUAUGUAUGGAUUCAGUUCAGCAGUGUUUGUGUUAAAAACAAGCUUUAAAGGGACAAGUCUCUGGAGCCUGUUAGCAAACAGCACUAUAUCAUAGAUGAGUUAGCAUUCUUUAUGGAUUUC